UAUCGUAUCCCAGCCUAAUGAUAAAACCUUGUUACGCUCUGCUGCAAACCCGAUCGACGCCAUGGAAGGCUGCGUAUUACCUGAAAAUCUCAUCUUCGAGGUUUUAUCCAGACUACCGGUGAAAACAAUCACCCGAUGCAAGUGCGUAUGCAAAAAGUGGCGCGAUCUUGUUUCCGACACCUACUUUGUUCAUCUUCAUCUCUCCAGAUCGCCUCCCUGCCUAAUGUUUCAUUGGUAUCUCCCGAUAUUGGACCGGAUAUUAGAGUUGGUAGAAGUGGAACAUGAAGCUGAAUACGACCGUUUAACCCUCCAUCAUGUCAAAACCCUUAAUCUUCAGCUUAGUGCAUUUCGCGCUAGUAAUGGGAUCAUUCAAGUGGGCUCUGUCAAUGGUUUGAUCUGCUUGUGUCACACAUUUGAUGCCACUUACGUAUUUAAUCCAGUCCUCGAAGAAUAUAUGACCCUCCCUCGACCACCACGAUUGAGAAAUAUAACGUUGUUAGGUCAUGGUUUUGGAGUUUCAAUGGCAGGGGAAUACAAAGUCAUACGGACUUUAGGUAGGAGCAUCUCCCAAGUACCAAUUGAAGUCUCGGUUGAGAUCCAGGUUUACACCUUUGGCACCGACCAAUGGAGAAGUUUGGGACCAACCCCUUUUAACAUUACGCAUCCGGGGGAAGUGGGCGGUGUAUUUGUGAAUAGUCAUGUGUAUUGGGUUAUCUUUGGCCAGAUUUUUGAUUUCGAUUUGGAUGCGGAGACAUUUGAGUUAAAUCCGUCCCCUCCCGGAUAUGAUACAGAAUCAAAGCGAAUGUUGGGUGUCCUCAAAGGCAGCUGCUUAAGUCUAUUUUCCUGGACUUCAUUGGGGUUCACCGUUUGGGUGAUGAAGGGGGAAUCUUGGUAUAAAGCGAUAGCCAUGAUCGAGGAAAAUAUGGACCCGGUUCUUAAAUCGCUAGAGUGGAAACCCGUGUAUCUCAUUGAUGGUUCAGAUGGUACUAGUAUUUUGAUCUUCUGGCCUCAGGGAACAGAUAGUCUGGAGGCAGAUUGUCUUGACACGAAUAAGAUUCUAGAUCUGAAUUUGCCGGGCAACUUCUGGACGGUAAUGAGUACUUAUCGUCCUAGUUUUGUUAAGCUCCAAAACUUUGGAUCAUUUAGAGUUCAUUCCUUGUAUGGUAAUGACUCCGCCUUUGUGAAGGAUAGAUAUAAGUCCAGUUUGAAGUUAGAGCGAAUGCACCAAACAUCAUUUCAUGUUUAAUCCGCCAAGUAGUCAGUCUCCCUCACUCUCAAAUUGUGAUAUGCAAACACGAACCCGGAACCGGGAUUUUUAUUUAAUUAUACAGUGUGUUUCAUUUAAUUAUACAAAAAUCGGUUGUAUAAGAUGAUUGCAGUUGGUAGGAUUAGAUAUCUUGGAGUUACAAAAAUUAGUUGUACAAGAUAAUUGCAGUUAGUUCUCACCUUUUCUUGAAGAUGGUUAAUCUCUUUCAUGAUCA